GACCUAUCAGCUUUACCCGCUCAUAACGUUUACGCGCCACUCUCGUCAGCUCUAACCUCCAAGUACCAGUCAAAUUAUGUAUAUAUAUAUAUAUAUAUAGUACGGGCACAUGUGUGCGUGUCUGUGGAGAGAGAAAAUUCAAAGGACGUAGGGAUCAUUUCAUGGACUUUGGAAAAACCUUUUUAAGAUUCAAGAACCCUCUCUCUCUCUCUCCCUCUCCCUCUUAUCCUGCGCAUCCCUCAAUUUCUCUUAACCUGCGCAUUCCUUCUCUCCAAACGCUCCUCUGCUUCUCUCUCUCAAUAUCUGAGUUUGGCAGGUUCUGACUUUGAUUUUCAUCACAAACAUUUAUCAAAAGAAUUCCGUAAAAAGGCUGGUCAUUGGUGUAUCAUUCAGUUAUGAAUUGUUUCUCUUUCAUAUUCAGAAGGAGGUUGGAUUCAUCAACUAAUCCGCCUACUGAACUUGAUGAAGAGCUUUCAGGCAUCCACAACGUUAAGCUGUACACCUACAAAGAGCUAAGAAUCGCCACUGAUGAUUUUAGUCCCACCAAUAAAAUUGGGGAGGGUGGUUUUGGUUCUGUCUACAAGGGAAUGCUUAAAAAUGGGAAGAUUGCUGCUAUAAAGGUUCUUUCAGCUGAAUCAAGACAAGGAGUGCGGGAGUUCUUGACAGAGAUUAAAGUAAUAUCAGAUAUAGAGCAUGAAAACUUAGUAAAGCUCUAUGGCUGCUGUGCUGAAGGAAGUCAUAGAAUUUUGGUGUACAACUUCCUUGAAAAUAACAGUCUCGCGCAAACGCUUCUUGGUGGGGGUCACAGGAGCAUCCAGUUUAGUUGGCGAAGACGGACUCAUAUUUGCAUUGGGGUUGCACGUGGACUUGCCUUUCUUCAUGAGGGAGUGCGACCACAUAUUAUUCACCGAGACAUCAAAGCAAGCAAUAUUCUCCUUGACAAAGACUUGACAGCCAAAAUUUCAGAUUUUGGUAUGGCAAAGCUCAUCGCACCUGACAUGACUCAUGUUAGUACGCGUGUUGCUGGAACAAUAGGUUAUUUGGCACCAGAGUAUGCAAUAAGAGGGCAGGUGACACGUAAAGCAGAUAUUUACAGUUUUGGCGUUCUCCUUGCGGAAAUAGUCAGUGGGAGAUGCAACACAAACGCACGGCUACCUGUUGAAGAGCAAUAUCUUCUUGAAAGGACAUGGAAACUUUACGAGCGAAGGGAACUGGUGGCGCUGAUAGACACGUCGUUGAAUGGGAAUUUUGAUGCUGAAGAGGCCUGCAGAUUCUUAAAGAUCAGUCUUCUCUGCACCCAAGACAUUCCGAAGCUUCGGCCAUCUAUGUCAACUGUGGUUAAGAUGCUAACAGGUGAGAGGGGUGUCGAUGACAGUAAGAUAACAAAGCCAAGCCUAAUCUCUGAUUUCACGGACUUCAAAAUUAGUACCCCUAAACCCAUGCCUGAUACAGACAUCACAUCUUACAACAUAUCAUCUGGACCGUCAACUUGCGCAACCAUGUCCUUUACUGCUGUAUAUGAUCGGACCAUUUGAAAUAUCAGAGAUAUAUUUGUUGAUGCAAUUUAAUUUAAUUUAAUUUUUUUUUUUUUUUUUUUUUUUU